GCGGUGCCGAAGACAUGUCCAGGAGGAAACAGAGCAACCCCCGGCAGAUCAAGCGUUCUCUCAGAGACAUGGAGGCUGGAGAGGAGGCCCAAACCAUGGACAGCAGCCUCGCAGAGUGGGAGACCACGUCCCCAGAGCCCCCAGCCACAGACGAGCCCGAGUCUCUGAGCCCAUCCAGAGCGGAUGUGAAUCCACCCCCAGCACCAGCAGCCCCCUCACCCCCAGGAGGCCCUGAGGAGAUGAAGAGGCAGGAGUCAGAGACUGAGACAAGGCCCCAAGAGGAGGAGGAGGUGAAGGAGGAAGUGGAGGUGGCUGCAGCCAGUCCUUGGAGCGGGCCAGAGGAGCUGGAGCUGGCACUACAGGAUGGGCAGAGGUGCGUGCGGGCCCAGCUGAGCCUCACCAAGGGCCUGUCCUGGGGCCCAUUCCACGGGAGCAUCCAAACCAGAGCCUUGUCCCCUGGACAGGCAGAACCGGGCCCAGUCUUGACCCUGCUGGUGGAUGAGGCCUGCUGGUUGAGGAUGCUGCCCCAGGCCCUGACGGAAGCUGAAAGCAACUUGGAGAUCUACAGGAAGGAUGAUGCCCUCUGGUGCAGAGUCACCAAGCCAGUGCCCGCAGGCGGGCUCCUACAUGUGCUCCUCGUCGCUGAGCCUCGCAUCACUCCCAACCACCCCGUAAAGGAGCCGGCGGAGACUGAAGGCCCGGCCCCGAUGCACUCCGACAUCCAGCUGCUGCCCCAGCAGGCAGGAAUGGCAUCCAUCCUUGCCACUGCAGUCAUAAACAAAGAUGUCUUCCCCUGCAAGGACUGUGGCAUCUGGUACCGGAGUGAGCGGAACCUGCAAGCCCAUCUGCUGUAUUACUGCGCCAGCCGCCAGCGAGCCAGCUCCCCUGCCACAGCCACCGAGGAGAAGCCCAAGGAAGCCUAUCCCAAUGAGCGCAUCUGUCCCUUCCCCCAGUGCCGCAAGAGCUGCCCCAGUGCUAGCUCCCUGGAGAUCCACAUGCGUAGCCACAGCGGAGAGCGCCCCUUUGUGUGCCUCAUCUGCCUGUCUGCCUUCACCACCAAGGCCAACUGUGAGCGCCACCUUAAGGUGCACACGGAUACACUUAGCGGUGUCUGUCACAACUGUGGCUUCAUCUCCACCACAAGGGACAUCCUCUACAGCCACUUGGUGACCAACCACAUGGUGUGCCAGCCGGGCUCAAAGGGUGAGAUAUACUCCCCAGGGGCAGGACACCCAGCAGCUAAGCUUCCCCCAGACAGCCUGGCUAGCUUCCAGCAACUCACAGUGAUGCAAGGUCCGCUAGCCCUUGCAGACAAGGCACCCACACCAUCCCCAGGACUGGACAAGAAGGCCCUAGCAGAGGCUACCAACGGAGAGGCCAAAGUGGCCCCCCAGAAUGGGGGCAGCAGUGAGCCCCCCGCAGCCCCCAAGAGUAUCAAGGCAGAGGCAGUAGAGGAACCCGAGGCAGCUCGCGCCCCAGGCUCCGGAGAUGACGGGGGCUCACGGGCCCCAUCACGGACUCCAUCACCGCCCAGCCCACCUCCUGUCAGGGUGAAGACCGAGCUGCCCAGCCCCACACCCGGCUCCAGCCCGGGACCUGGGGAGCUGGCUCUAGCUGGGGCACUCUUCUUGCCACAGUACGUGUUGGGGCCAGACACCGGCGCGGCCCCCGGCCCCGCGACGCCACAGGCCUCGGAGAUUCUGGCCAAAAUGUCUGAGCUGGUGCACAGCCGGCUGCAGCAGGGUGCGGGCGGCGCAGGCGCGGCCGCCGCGCCCGCGCCCACCGGGCUGUUCACGGGAACCAAGGGUGCCACGUGCUUCGAGUGCGAGAUCACCUUCAACAACGUCAACAACUUCUACGUGCACAAGCGCCUCUACUGCUCCGGCCGCCGCGCCUCCGAGGACGCGCCCGCCAAUCGUAGGCCCAAGGCGUCCGCCGGCCCUGCCCGGGCGACCCCCGGCACUCCUGCCGAGCCCGACCCGCCACGCUCGUCCCCGGGCCCCGGAGCGCGAGAAGAUGAGGCGGGCGGCGCGCUGACUCCAGAGACGGAGGCGGCUGGUCGGGGCAGCGAGGGAAGCCAGAGCCCGGGCAGCUCGGUGGACGACGCGGAGGACGACCCCAGCCGUACCCUGUGCGAAGCCUGCAACAUCCGCUUCAGCCGCCACGAGACCUACACCGUGCACAAGCGCUACUACUGCGCCUCGCGCCACGACCCGCCGCCACGCCGGCCGCCUCCCGCCCCCGCCGCCGGCCCCCCGGGGCCCGCCGCCGCCCCUCCUCUGACCGCGCCGCCCGUGCGCACGCGCCGGCGCCGCAAGCUGUACGAACUUCCGGCUGUGGCCGGCGCCCCGCCUCCUGCAGUAGGCCACGCCCCCUCAUCUGCCGGCCACGCCCCCACGCCCGAGCUGCCCGCCUCUCCGAGGCCCGCGAGCGGAAGUGGAAGCGCCGGCCCCGCGCCCGCGCUCUCGCCGGACGCUGUCCCCGAAGGUCCUAUAGACCUGAGCAAGCGGCCGCGGCGCCAAUCCCCCGACGCGCCCGCCGCGCUUCCCGCGCUGGCGGACUACCACGAGUGCACCGCGUGCCGCGUGAGCUUCCACAGCCUCGAGGCCUACCUGGCGCACAAGAAGUACUCGUGCCCCGCCGCGCCGCUGCGGGCCGCCGCCCUCUGCCCCUACUGCCCACCCAACGGGCGCGUGCGCGGAGAUCUGGUCGAGCACCUGCGCCUGGCGCACGGCCUGCAGGUAGCCAAACCCGCGGCCAGCGCGGGGGCCGAGCCCCGUGCGUCCUCCGAGCGCGUCCCGCGAGACAGCCCCGACGGCCGGGCGCCCCGAUCUCCGUCCCCCACCCCCGAGGCCUCGCCCCCGGACCCCGCGGACCAGGGCGCGCGGACGCCCGGCAAGGGCCCUCCUGCGCCCGCUCCCGGCGGCGGCCACCGCUACUGCCGCCUGUGCAACAUCCGGUUCAGCAGCCUGUCCACCUUCAUCGCGCACAAGAAGUACUACUGCUCCUCGCACGCCGCCGAGCACGUGAAGUGAGCCCGCGCCGUCUGGACCCUUGGCACUUAAAUAAAGACGCUCGGUGUGACGAAGCUCACUGGCAGGCCCGCUGUUGUCUGAGCCCGGGGCCCACCUGCCAGCCUAGAGCCAGUGGGCCUCAGUCCCACCCCCAGCCUUGCCCAAACUCCCCUCCACCACUGUCUCCUCCGCGACCCAGCCCCCGCCAGGCUCAGCCACUGGAUACCUGCUUGCUUUAGGCUGGCUGGCAACCCUGUUCCUGCCCUGUCUGUUCUCAAAACACCAGGCUAGGAGGGUGUGCUUGCUGAGUCUGGGAACGGGAAAGGAACGAAGUCCCAAAAAAGAUCCCAUGAUCAGGUGAAGAAGGCAUUGCCCUAAUAUAGCAGGUGUGGGCACUGGCUACCAAGGUAGUACAUGCCGCCACCUCCAGUCUGCCUUACUGACUGGCUGCACAGGUUGGACCAAGGCCAUGCCUGGCAAAACCUAACUGACCAUAUCCUAGCCACCACAUGGCCUUGCAGCUUUGCUUGGUCCUCCUAGGAAACACACACGCCUGUUCUCUUCCAAUCCCACAAGUCUUUAUGGCAGCUCCGGAGACUGAAAACGAGCUCAGAAG